AAUGAACACAGCGAAGAAACUGGUAGAACUAAGAUGGCGGAGUGUGGGUGAGGAGGUAGCAGAUCAUUGCUCUGGUUUUCUUCGUUUCAGUGAAAAUAUAUGUAAUCACGCCAUUACAGUGCACACGAAAAUAUUAAUUUCCCAAUAAUUCAUACAUAUUCGUGUUAUUUGGGAUUGAACUUAUGACGUCCAUCCACUUCGUGGUACAUCCAUUGCCUGGGACCGAAGACCAGCUCAAUGACAGGUUACGGGAGGUCUCGGAAAAACUCAACAAAUACAACUACAACAGUCACCCCCCACUCAACGUGUUGGAACAGGCCACCAUUAAACAAUGUGUGGUGGGACCAAACCAUGCUGCUUUUCUCCUGGAGGAUGGUCGCGCCUGCAGGAUCGGGUUUGCCGUGCAGCCCGAUAGGCUGGAGCUGGGCAAACCAGAUGGCGGUGACGGUUCAAAGUUGAGCAGUGGUUCAGGGACAGGAAGGACCCCCAGGCCAGGCAGGACUAAUGAUCCGCCCUGGUUCCUGUCUGGUUCUGACACACUGGGCAGACUGGCAGGCAACACCCUUGGGAGCCGCUGGAGCUCGGCGGUGAACGGCGGAGCGGCGGGGGGCGGCGGGGGCGGGGGCAGCGGCGGAGGGGGCGGAGGAGGAGGAGGCGGGGGAGGAGGUGGAGGAGGCGGUAGCGGGGGCGGCGGCUCCUCCGGCAGGUCGUCGGCGGCGGCGCGGGACUCCAGGAGGCAGACGCGGGUGAUCCGCACGGGGAGGGAGCGCGGCUCGGGGCUCCUGGGGAGCCAGCCCCAACCCGUCAUCCCCGCCUCCGUCAUCCCCGAGGAGCUCAUCUCUCAGGCCCAGGUGGUUCUUCAGGGCAAAUCCAGGAGCGUCAUCAUCCGCGAGCUCCAGCGCACAAACCUGGACGUGAACCUGGCCGUCAACAACCUGCUGAGCAGGGACGACGAGGACGGCGACGACGGAGACGACACAGCCAGCGAGUCUUACUUACCCGGAGAGGACCUGAUGUCCCUGCUGGACGCCGACAUCCACUCGGCACACCCCAGCGUCAUCAUCGACGCGGACGCCAUGUUCUCCGAAGACAUCAGCUACUUCGGAUACCCCUCGUUCCGACGCUCCUCGCUGUCCCGGCUCGGAUCCUCACGAGUUCUCCUUCUUCCCCUAGAGCGUGACUCGGAGCUGUUGCGUGAGCGUGAGUCUGUGUUGAGGUUGCGCGAGCGCCGCUGGCUCGACGGGGCCUCUUUUGACACGGAGCGCGGCUCCACCAGCAGGGACGGAGAGCCCGGCCUGGACCGGAAGAGCCCCCCCACGCAGAGCCCCGUCUCCCUGGCCGAGGACCUCCAGUGGUGGCCCGAUAAGGAUGGCACUAAGUUUGUGAGCAUUGGGGCGCUGUACUCUGAGCUGGUGGCUGUCAGUACCAAAGGAGAGCUUUACCAAUGGAAAUGGAGCGAACCAGAACCCUACAGGAACACGCAGAACCCUUCUGUUCACCACCCACGGGCCUCCUUCCUGGGCCUGACCAAUGAGAAGAUCACCCUCCUGUCAGCCAACUGCAUCAGAGCCACUGUCGCCACGGAGAGCAACAAGGUGGCCACGUGGGUGGACGACACGCUGAGCACGGUGGCCUCCAAGCUGGAGCACCCGGCGCAGGCCUUCAGCGAGCUGCAGGGCGAGCGCAUCGUCUCGCUGCACUGCUGCGCGCUCUACACCUGCGCCCAGCUGGAGAGCUGCCUCUGCUGGUGGGGCGUUGUGCCUUUCAGCCAACGUAAGAAGAUGCUGGAGAAGGCCAGAGCCAAGAACAAGAAGCCAAAGUCCAGCGCUGGCAUCUCCUCCAUCCCUAACAUUACUGUGGGAACACAGGUGUGCCUGAGAAACAACCCGCUGUACCACGCGGGCGCGGUGGCCUUCUCCGUCAGCACGGGCGUGCCCAAGGUGGGCGUGCUGCUGGAGUCGGUGUGGAACAUGAACGACAGCUGCCGCUUCCAGCUGCGCUCGCCAGAGAGCCUCAAGAACCUGGAGAAGACCAGCAAAACCCAGGAGGCCAAGACGGAGAGCAAACCGGAGGCGGUGAAGACGGAGAUGGGCCCUCCGCCCUCGCCGGCGUCCACCUGCAGUGACACCUCGUCCAUCGCCAGCAGCGCCUCGCUGCCCUAUAAGCGACGGCGCUCUACUCCCGCCCCCAAAGAGGAGGAGAAAGUCAACGAAGAGCAGUGGCCUCUUCGGGAAGUGGUUUUUGUGGAGGAUGUAAAAAAUGUCCCUGUAGGAAAGGUGCUAAAAGUCGAUGGUGCGUAUGUUGCUGUGAAAUUUCCAGGGACGUCGAGCAGCGUGAGCAGCCAGAGCGCAGCUCCCUCUGACUCUGACCCGUCCUCACUGCUGCAGGACUGCAGGCUGCUCAGAAUAGAUGAGCUGCAGGUUGUAAAAACUGGUGGAACUCCAAAAGUUCCCGAUUGCUUCCAGCGCACUCCUAAAAAACUAUGUAUACCCGAGAAGGCUGAAAUAUUGGCUGUGAAUGUUGACUCCAAAGGAGUCCACGCUGUCCUGAAGACAGGCAGCUGGGUGAGAUAUUGUAUCUUUGAUCUGGCCUCUGGGAAGGCCGAGCAGGAGAAUAACUUCCCCACCAGCAGCCUGGCCUUUCUGGGCCAGAAUGAGCGCAAUGUGGCCAUCUUCACUGCAGGGCAGGAAUCCCCAAUAGUCCUGAGGGACGGAAAUGGAACUAUUUACCCCCUGGCGAAAGACUGUAUGGGUGGAAUACGAGACCCCGACUGGCUGGAUCUGCCCCCCAUAUCCAGCCUGGGUUUGGGGGUUCACUCUCUGGCCAACCUUCCCACCAACUCGACCGUCAAGAAGAAAGCCGCCAUUAUCAUCAUGGCUGUGGAAAAGCAGACUCUGAUGCAGCAGGUGCUGCGCUGCGACUACGAGGCGUGCCGCCAGUACCUGGCCAACCUGGAGCAGGCCGUCCUGCUGGAGCAGAGCCCCCACGCCCUCAGCGCCCUGCUGGGCCACCGCUGCGACGGCAACCGCAACAUCCUGCACGCCGCCGUCUCCGUCUGCUUCCCCGUCAGCAACAAGGAGACCAAGGAGGAGGAAGAAGCUGAGCGGUCCGAGAGGAACACGUUCGCGGAGAGGCUGUCCGCGGUGGAGGCCAUCGCCAACGCCAUCUCCGUGGUCUCCAGCAACAGCUCGGGGAACAGGACGGGCUCGUCCAGCAGCCGGGGCCUGCGGCUGCGCGAGAUGAUGAGGCGGUCCCUGAGAGCCGCCGGAUUGGGCCGCCACGAGUCGGGCCCCUCCUCCAGCGAGCACCAGGACCCCGUGUCCCCGCCCAUCGCCCCGCCCAGCUGGGUGCCAGACCCCCCGCCCAUGGAUCCAGACGGCGAUAUCGACUUCAUCCUGGCCCCCGCCGUGGGCUCCCUCACCACGGCUUCAUCCGGCACGGGCCAGGGGCCCAGCACCUCCACCAUACCAGGGCCUUCCUCUGAGCCCUCGCUGGUGGAGUCCAAAGACCGGAAGGCCAACGCCCACCUGAUCCUGAAGCUGAUGUGCGACAGCGUCCUGCUCCGCCCCUACCUCCGCGAGCUGCUGUCCGCUAAGGACGCCCGCGGGAUGACCCCCUUCAUGCUGGCCGUCAGCGGCAGGGCCUACCCGGCCGCCAUCACCAUUCUGGAAGCGGCUCAGAAAAUAGCCAAGGGGGACUCUGGCCCGGGGGAGAAGGAAGACACAGACUCUGUGUUCAUGGAAAUGAUCUGUCCCGCUGGGACCAACCCGGACGACUCUCCCCUCUACGUGCUCUGCUGCAACGACACCUGUAGCUUCACCUGGACCGGGGCGGAGCACAUCAACCAGGACAUCUUUGAGUGCCGGACCUGCGGUUUGCUGGAGUCUCUCUGCUGCUGUACCGAAUGUGCCAGGGUUUGCCACAAGGGACACGACUGCAAGCUGAAGAGAACCUCUCCCACUGCGUACUGUGACUGCUGGGAGAAGUGCAAGUGCAAGACGCUGAUCGCAGGGCAGAAGUCUGCCCGCCUGGACCUGCUGUACCGACUGCUGACCACCACCAGCCUGGUGACCACGCCCAACAGCAGGGGGGAGCACAUCCUCCUCUUCCUGGUCCAGACUGUCGCCAGGCAGAGCGUGGAGCACUGCCAGUACCGGCCCCCGCGGAUCAGAGAGGACCGGAACCGCAAAGCUGCUAACGCCGAGGACUCCGACAUGCCGGACCACGACCUGGAGCCUCCGCGCUUCGCCCAGCUGGCCCUGGAGCGCGUGCUGCAGGACUGGAACGCCCUCAGGUCCAUGGUCCUCUUCGGCUCCCGCGAGAACAAAGACCCCCUGAGCGCCAGCAGCCGAAUCGGGCACCUCCUCCCCGAGGAGCAGGUGUACCUGAACCAGCAGAGCGCCACCAUCAGGCUGGACUGCUUCACACACUGUCUCAUCGUCAAGUGCGCCCCCGACAUCACGUUCAUCGACACGCUGCUGGGCACGCUGGUGAAGGAGCUGCAGAACAAGUACACGCCCGGGCGCAGGGAGGAGGCCGUGGACGUCACCAUGCGCUUCCUGCGCUCGGUCGCCCGCGUCUUCGUCAUCCUCAGCGUGGAGAUGGCCUCGUCCAAGAAGAAGAAUAACUUCAUCCCCCAGCCCAUCGGGAAGUGCCGGCGGGUGUUCCAGGCGCUGCUGCCGUACGCGGUGGAGGAGCUGUGCAACGUGGCCGAGUCGCUCAUCGUGCCCGUGCGCAUGGGCGUGGCCCGCCCCACCGCGCCCUUCACCCUGGCCAGCACCAGCAUCGACGCCGUGCAGGGCAGCGAGGAGCUCUUCUCCGUCGAGCCGCUGCCGCCCCGGCCCUCGCCCGACCAGUCCAGCAGCUCCAGCCAGUCGGCCUCCUCCUACAUCAUGAGGAACCCGCAGCCCCGCCGCAGCAGCCAAUCGCAGCCCGCCCGUGGCCGGGACGAGGAGCAGGACGAGAUCGUGUCCGCCGACGUCGAGGAGGUCAGCGGCCGCGUCGCGGUGGAGGUGGUGGAGGGCGUGGCCGGGGAGGAGGAUCACCACGACGACCAGGAGGAGCAGGGGGAGGAGAACGCCGAGGUGGAGGGGCAGCACGACGAACACGACGAGGAUGGCAGUGACAUGGAGCUGGAUUUGCUGGCUGCCGCAGAGACGGAGAGUGACAGUGAGAGUAACCAUAGUAACCAAGAUAAUGCCAGUGGCCGGAGGAGUGUUGUCACCGCAGCAACUGCUGGCUCCGAAGCAGGUGCCAGCAGUGUCCCUGCCUUCUUUUCAGAGGACGACUCCCAGUCCAACGACUCGAGCGACUCGGACAGCAGCAGCAGCCAGAGCGACGACGUGGACCAGGAGACCUACCUGGUGGACGAGCCGCUGGAGCGGGCGUCGGGCGCCUCGCACGCCAACGGCGCCGCCCAGGCCCCGCGCUCCAUGCAGUGGGCCGUGCGCAGCACCCCCAGCCAGAGGGCCGCCAGCAGUGCCCCCUCCAGCUCCUCCACCCCCGCCGCGAGCUCCACCGGGCUGAUCUACAUCGACCCGUCCAACCUGCGGCGGAGCGGCGCCAUCAGCACCAGCGCGGCGGCGGCCGCGGCAGCCCUGGAGGCCAGCAACUCCAGCAGCUACCUGACCUCGGCCAGCAGCCUGGCGCGCGCCUACAGCAUCGUCAUCCGCCAGAUCUCCGACCUCAUGGGCCUCAUCCCCAAAUACAACCACCUGGUGUACUCCCAGUACCCCGCUGCCGUCAAGCUCACCUACCAGGACGCUGUCAACCUGCAGAACUACGUGGAGGAGAAGCUGAUCCCCACCUGGAACUGGAUGGUGUCCAUCAUGGACUCCACGGAGGCUCAGCUGCGCUACGGCUCGGCCCUGUCCUCCGCCGGUGACCCGGGGCACCCCAGCCACCCGCUGCACGCCUCGCAGCACUCCACCCGCCGCGACCGCAUGACCGCCCGCGAAGAGGCCAGCCUGAGGACGCUGGAGGGGCGCAGGCGUGCGGCCACGCUGCUCAGCGCGCGGCAGGGCAUGCUGUCGGCCCGCGGGGACUUCCUGAACUACGCGCUCUCGCUGAUGCGCUCUCACAACGACGAGCACUCGGACGUGCUGCCCGUGCUGGACGUGUGCUCGCUCAAGCACGUGGCCUACGUCUUCCAGGCCCUCAUCUACUGGAUCAAGGCCAUGAACCAGCAGACCACGCUGGACACGCCCCAGCUGGACAGGAAGAGAACCCGUGAGAUUCUGGAGCUGGGUCUGGACAACGAGGACUCGGAACACGAGAACGAUGAAGACACCAAUCAGAGCUCCACUCUCCACGACAAGGAAGAGGACCCGGUGCCGGCCGAAACAGGCCAGAACCACCCCUUCUUCCGCCGCUCCGACUCCAUGACCUUCCUGGGCUGCAUCCCGCCCAACCCGUUCGAGGUGCCCCUGGCCGAGGCCAUCCCCCUGGCCGACCAGCCGCACCUGCUGCAGCCGAACGCGAGGAAGGAGGACCUGUUUGGCCGGCCGAGUCAGGGCCUGUACUCGUCCACGUUCAGUGCCAGUAAGGGCCUAUCCGAGCUGUCUCUGGACAGGAACUGCCUGGAGGUAAUCACCCAGCCACACGCAGAAACAGCAGUACUGGUUGCUGUGGAGACUCAGAGCAAGCAUGUCCUGCCCACUAAGAUGUCGUACUCGGCCAACAUGAAGAACGUGAUGAGCAUGCAGGCGCGGCAGAAGGCCGGGGAGGAGCAGGCGGCGGCGGCCGAGGAGGAGAUGGAGGUGCCCAAGCCCGGCCCCUCCGCCCACGACCUGGCCGCCCAGCUCAAGAGCAGCCUGCUGGCCGAGAUCGGGCUGACCGAGAGCGAGGGCCCGCCCCUGCCCUCCUUCAGGCCUCACUGCAGUUUCAUGGGCAUGGUGAUCUCCCACGACAUGCUGCUGGGGCGCUGGCGGCUCUCCCUCGAGCUCUUCGGCCGCGUCUUCAUGGAGGACGUGGGGGCGGAGCCCGGAUCGAUCCUGACGGAGCUGGGCGGCUUCGAGGUGAAGGAGUCCAAGUUCCGGCGGGAGAUGGAGAAGCUGCGCAACCAGCAGUCGCGGGACCUGGCGCUGGAGGUGGAGCGCGACCGCGAGCAGCUCAUCCAGCAGACCAUGCGGCAGCUCAACGCGCACUUCGGCCGCCGCUGCGCCACCACGCCCAUGGCCGUGCACCGCGUCAAGGUCACCUUCAAGGACGAGCCGGGCGAGGGCAGCGGCGUGGCGCGGAGCUUCUACACCGCCAUCGCCCAGGCCUUCCUCUCCAGCGACAAGCUGCCCAACCUGGACUGCGUGCAGAGCGCCAGCAAGGGCAUGCAGGCCAGCAACCUGAUGCAGCGGCUGAGGAACCGCGACCGGGAGAGGGAGCGGCGGAGCGGCGGGCUGAGGGCGGGGUCCCGCAGGGACAGGGACAGGGAUUCCAGGAGACAGCUGUCCAUCGACACCAGGCCCUUCAGGCCGGCGUCCGAGGGGAACCCCAGCGACGAGCCGGACCCCCUGCCGGCGCACAGACAGGCCCUGGGAGAGAGGCUGUACCCCCGAGUGCACGCCAUGCAGCCGGCCUUCGCCAGUAAGAUCACGGGGAUGCUGCUGGAGCUCUCCCCCGCCCAGCUGCUGCUGCUCCUGGCCAGCGAGGACUCGCUGAGGGCCCGAGUGGAGGAGGCCAUGGAGCUCAUCAUCGCGCACGGAAGGGAGAACGGUGCUGACAGCAUCCUGGACCUGGGGCUGUUGGACACGUCCGAUAAGGCGCAGCAGCAGGAGAACCGCAAGCGGCACGGCUCCAGCCGCAGCGUGGUGGACAUGGAGCUGGACGACCCCGACGACGGAGACGACAACGCUCCCCUCUUCUACCAGCCGGGCAAGAGGGGCUUCUACUCGCCCCGGCCCGGCAAGAACACGGAGGCCCGGCUCAACUGCUUCCGCAACAUCGGCCGAAUACUGGGUUUGUGCCUGCUGCAGAACGAGCUCUGCCCGAUCACCUUGAACAGACACGUCAUCAAGGUGCUGCUCGGGAGGAAGGUUAACUGGCACGACUUCGCCUUCUUCGACCCGGUGAUGUACGAGAGCCUGCGGCAGCUGAUCCGCCACGCCCAGACCGGCGAGGCGGAGACGGUGUUCGCCGAGAUGGAGCUGGCCUUCGCCAUCGACCUCUGCAAAGAGGAGGGCGCCGGGCAGGUGGAGCUGCUGUCCGGCGGCGUGAACAUGCCCGUCACUCACCUGAACGUGUACGAGUACGUGAGGAAGUACGCCGAGCACCGCAUGCUGGUGGUGGCCGAGCAGCCCCUUCACGCCAUGAGGAAGGGUCUGUUGGACGUGCUUCCCAAAAACUCGCUGGAGGACCUGACGGCCGAGGACUUCAGGCUGCUGGUGAACGGCUGCGGAGAGGUCAACGUGCAGAUGCUCAUCAGCUUCACCUCCUUCAACGACGAAUCGGGAGAGAACGCAGAGAAGCUGUUGCAGUUCAAACGCUGGUUCUGGUCCAUCGUCGAGAAAAUGAGCAUGACCGAGCGACAGGACCUGGUCUACUUCUGGACGUCCAGCCCGUCUCUCCCAGCCAGCGAGGAGGGCUUCCAGCCCAUGCCCUCCAUCACCAUCCGGCCCCCAGAUGACCAGCACCUCCCCACCGCCAACACCUGCAUCUCCCGCCUCUACGUGCCGCUCUACUCCUCCAAACAGAUACUCAAACAGAAACUCUUACUAGCCAUCAAGACCAAGAACUUUGGUUUUGUGUAGAGGUUGACAAACAAGGUGUUUACUGUUGUGUAAUAUUACUAGUUCCAUUUUUGUAGUUUUUUUUUUUUUUUUUUUUAAUUUGUCUAUACUAUUUUAUGAAAUUAAAAGCGCUGUCACAUCCCUGGCGGUAAAUCUUAUUUUAUUUUUUUUUGUAUUAUUAUUAUUUCUGAUGAUAUAUACAUUCCUGCAUUUGGGUUUGUAAAGUUGGAGGAGCCCAAGGCUCUUGGAUCAGCUCGAGACCAUAACUUCCAUUGCAUUUAGCCAGACGGUAAUCUGUUAGCUGAACCCCGGCCAAAGAUGACAGCAAAAAUAUAAAAUAAGGUUUCACUGUGAUUUUUUUUUCCCCCCGCCCUGAGAAGAAUGCUUAAUAUUAUUGAAAGUUCACUGCUGCCUUUGUGAAGUCUCAUUUUUUUCUUGUAUAGGGGGAGUAGGGUAUUUCAAAAUAAACUUGAGGAUGCAAAAUAUAAAAUUCA